AUGGUCAAUGCACUGUCUGCAAGUGCAGAAACUGGAGCACCUAUGUGUAUGUAUCUACUCAACCAUCCUGAUCAUUAUAUUAGCCACAUAUUCAAACUGUUUUACUGGCGCAGCUACAAGUAUGAAGUGAUGAAAGCCUGGACUGAGGAAGACAUAUUGCCUACAAAAUAUGACCAUACCACGGGUUGUGCAAAAACACAAGCAACACAAAAGCUCAGAGCUGUCAAUGAAAAGGUCUGGGACAUCAAGCCUUUGCCCAGACGGCGUGGUGGUGGACCCACCACACAAUAUGAGACUGAUAGUGACGAUGAAAUGUUGCUUACCAAGGAUACUGCACUUCAGGCAGAAGUGGCUGAAAAGAAGUAUGCUGCUGAACAGACACACAUGGCAGUCAGGCAGCCUGAGCAUUUUGCAAGGGUCCCUAACUUUGUAGGUGGCAGUCUUCCAAGGAAAGACAAAGGAAACAGGGAAGAGUAUUGUCUUGUUAUGCUUAUGUUGUUCAAGCCAUGGAGGACAGGUACAGACUUGAAGCAAUCUGAGCAAUCUUGGGAUGAUGCAUUUGCUGCACACCAGUUCACUUCCUGUCAGAUGGAUAUCAUGAAUUUCUUCCAUAUACAGGAGACUGAGGGCAACAGCUUUGGAUAUGAUGAUGAUGAACAAGAUCAGCAUGAUACAGAUGCAGAUGACUAUGCAGACAUUGUGCAGAACAGCCUUACUGAAGAUGAUGGUGCCAUCUACUAUGACCCAGACUGGGGUGUUCUAGGAAAAAGAGCAUUAGGGAGAAUUGCUCAGAUGCAGCAAGUUGAACACAUUGCCCAUACAAGUGGUUGGCUGGAUGACAACAAUACAUUGAAAAUGGCUGAUAUUGAGCACCAAGCUCUGGGCACUGGAUGCAACACUAUGGAAUUCUAG